AUGUUUAUGAGACAUGCUAAUUCAAAGUUGAAGCCGCACUUACAAUCCCUUUCAACACUAGCCAGCAGUACCCCAUCUUUAUCCUUCACCAAACCUCAAAAUUUCCCCAACCACGAAAACCUCCUUGGCCUCCUGUCCUCCUGUAAAGACCUCAAGAAUCUUGAGCAAGUUCAUGCCCUUUUGAUCACCGCUGGACUCGGUUUUGACAUUUCAUCAAACACCCACCUGAUCAACCAUUACUCUUCCUUCCAAAAAUGCCAACUUUCUCGAUUAGUUUUCGAUUCCUCGCCAAACCCUGGUGUGAUUUUGUGGAACUCAAUGAUCAGAGGCUACACAAGAACAAACCAAUACAAAGAAGCCCUCCAACUUUACCGCGUAAUGGGAGAAAAUUUGGUCCGGCCAGACAAUUACACUUUCACUUUUGUACUCAAAGCCUGCACUGGAAUUUUAGAUUUAAAAGAGGGUAAUCUUGUUCAUCGAGAAAUAGUCAGAAGAAGGCUUGAAAACGACGUCUUCAUUGCUACUGCACUUGUCGACAUGUACUGCAAAUUUGGUGAUUUAGAGUGUGCCAGAGAGGUAUUUGAUAAGAUGCCUAGCAAGGAUGUUGUGGCUUGGAAUGCUAUGAUUUCAGGUCUAUCGCAGAGUGUGGAGCCUAAUGAGGCCUUGGAACUUUUUAAGUAUAUGCAGUUGGGCAGUAGGGUGGAGCCUAAUGCUGUCAGCUUGUUAAAUUUGUUUCCCGCAGUUUGUAAGCUGAUGGAUGCAAAAGCUUGUAUGUCCAUACACGGUUUUGUGUGGAGGAGAAAUUUUCCAACUACUGUUUUGAAUGGGUUGAUUGAUGCGUAUGUGAAAUGUGGAUAUUGUAAUGUAGCUCGAAUGAUUUUUGAUAGAAUGGCGGGGAAAGAUGAUGUCACGUGGGGGACAAUGAUGGCUGGCUAUGCAUACAAUGGGUGGUUUUGUCAGGUUUUGGAGUUGUUUGAUUGUUUGAAGAGGAAGAAUCUGGAGAUGAAUAAGGUUUCAGCUGUGAAUGCUUUGUUGGCAGCCUCUGAGAUGAGGGAUUUUGAGAAGGGGCUGGAAAUUCAUGAUUAUGCAGUAAGACAAAGGAUUGAUUCGGAUGUUAUGGUAUCUACUUCUCUGAUGACCAUGUAUGCAAAGUGUGGAGAAGUAGAGAAGGCGAUGGAGUUGUUUUGGGGGAUUCGAGAAAGGGAUUUAGUUGCUUGGUCAGCAAUUAUAGCUGCUUUUGCACAAUCUGGCAAUUAUGAAGAGGCUCUCUCUGUUUUUCGGGAAAUGCAGAAUGAGAAAUUGAAGGCUAAUGCAGUGACUUUAGUGAGUGUUCUUCCAGCUUGUGGUGAAUUAUAUUGUGUGAAGCUGGGGAAGAGCUUGCACUGCUAUGCUGUCAAAUAUGCUAUUGACUCUGAUUUAUCUGUUGGGACAGCCCUAGUUUCCAUGUAUGCAAAAUGUGAUAUGUUUUCUUCAGCAUUGAUUGUGUUCCAUGGACUGCCAAAUAAAGAGGUUGUUACAUGGAAUGCUUUGAUAACUGGCUAUGCACAGGUUGGUGAUCCUUACCAUGUGAUGGAGAUGUUUUCCAAAUUAAGAUUAGCUGGGUUACACCCCGAUUCUGGUACAAUGGCUGGUGUGCUUCCAGCUUGUGCCGUAUUAGGUGACCUAUGCCUAGGAAGCUGCAUCCAUGGACAAAUUAUCAAAUACGGUUUUGAGUCAAACUGCCAUAUGAAGAAUGCUCUAAUGGAUAUGUAUGCCAAAUGCAGAAGCCUCUCAUCAGCUGAAGUCAUAUUUAAACACCUCGAGUCCUUUAAAGAUGAGGUAUCAUGGAAUAUAAUGAUUGCAGGAUACAUGUACAAUGGAUGUGCUCAGGAAGCCAUUUCUACAUUUUAUCGUAUGAUAUCAGAGGCUUUCCAACCUAAUUUGGUCACAAUUGUGAGCAUCCUGCCAGCAACAACAUAUUUGACUGCCCUUAGAGAAGGUAUGGCUGUUCAUACAUGUAUAAUCCUAAGAGGAUUUCAGUCUUAUACACUUAUUGCAAAUGGUCUCAUCGACAUGUAUGCAAAAUGUGGCCGCCUAGAUUAUUCAGAACAAAUAUUCACUGAGAUGAAUCACAAGAAUACAAUUUCUUGGAAUGCAAUGAUUGCUGCAUAUUCAGUUCAUGGGCUAGGUGAUCGUGCUUUUGCAACUUUUUAUCUCAUGCAAGAGAGUGAGGCCAAAAUUGAUUCUAUUUCUUUCAUUAGUGUCUUGUCUGCUUGCAGACACUCAGGAUUAACCAAAGAAGGUAAAAAAAUAUUUAACUCCAUGAAGCAAAAAUACGGUCUUGAACCACGUUUGGAACACUAUGCAUGUAUGGUGGACCUGUUAGGGCGUGCUGGAUUGUUCGAUGAAGUUAUGGAUUUGAUAAAACAAAUGCCUGUGCGACCUGAUGCUGGUGUUUGGGGAGCACUGCUUGAUGCAUCUAGAAUGCAUUCUAAUCUUAAAUUAGGUGAGCUAGCACUGAAAAAUCUCACCGACCUUGAGCUGGGGAACCGUGCCCAUUAUAUAGUGCUAUCAAACUUGUAUUCUCAAUCAGGUAGGUGGGAUGAUGCAACAAAUGCGAGAUCAAGUAUGAAGGGGACAGGACUGAAAAAGACUCCAGGAUGUAGUUGGGUUGAAGUAAAGGAGGAGGCCUUGCAUAUUGUGUAGGUAACUCAGGCUUCUACUUCAGAGCACGAGUCACAAAUGAGCUGUUUGGAGUAAAAGUGGCAAUUGGGUAUUCUUUCCUAAUAAGAGCGCUGCCAAUCAUGUUGAUAAAAUGACUUCUUGAGUAUGAUAGCAAAACACAAGCAACAACUCCUCUGCUGUGGACAAGUAGUGGGGUGGCAAGGCAAACUGCCUUCCUUUUUGCCGCCAGAGAAGGAUAACGGGAGUACCUUAUGAUGGUCGAAGGUAUGGUGUUCAUUAUGAAACUCAAGAUACUUGUAGCAAAUUAUGCAACGGUAAGAGAAGGGUCCUAACAAAUAUAGUGGAAAAUGUUGUAUCAUAUUCCCAUCUAACGGCUGUAACUUGUUUCAGAACCUGAUUUGAGGGUAUUGACACAGAUCAGACGCACCUUGAAUAGGAAUUUUUGGUAGGAUAUAAGCUGCAUUUAUUCAAAUCCAUUAGCAACGAGUUUUCUCACACACUGCAAAAAUGGAGAACAGAAGAAGGCCCGCCAGACGCGGCGGCUUUCAUUCAAUUCUUGUUUGCAGAAUGGUGAAGGCAAAAUUGAUAUGUUGUUGCUCAAGCCUUGUUCAGACCAGCACUCAGUUUGAAGCCGGACACAUCUCCAAAGAAGUCUUGGUUGCUGCCGUCUUGUUUCACUUCUUGUUUAGCUAAUUCUUUUACUUAUUCAUGAUAAAGAAUUGAUGCA